ACGGCUGACCCAUCUCUUGAAAUUUGCCCAGACUUUGCUGGCGACUUAUUCGCAGCCAUACAAGACUUGAUAAUCAUGAUGGGUACUACACACCAAGCCAUAGCAGAAAGACUUAGAAACACCUGGAUAACAGGCCACGAGGAGAGAAUCCUCCAAUGGAAUUGUCGACAAGAGGAAGACACCCAAGCUGAGGCUGAAAUAGAACAAGCAAGGGCAGCAUGUGAAGAAGAAGAACACUUAGUGAAGGAGGCUGAAGCUGAGAAAGAAUGCACCGAGCUAGAGAAGAAGAAACCCAAGAUGAAUAGCUUCAGCGCAACAGCCACCAUUGGUGAUGCUAUUGCCCCAUGUCCCUCUCAAUACGUGAUUCAGAAGCUAAACAGUUUUGAAUACGUAGAACUGUGGUACUUCUCCCCAGAGGGUUGUAAAGAGGCUAUGAGAACGUCUCGAUCCAUUGCCGACAACACAUUCAGCCUAACGAAACUGGACGACCAAUUAACCAUUUGUCCAGUGUCAGCCUUCAAAGCCUCCCAGUCAGCGAUCCCUGACCAUGAACUCUCUUUCUCUGUUUUCCUACAGGCAAAAAACCUCUUCUUAAUGCAGGCUAACACGGCCAAAUGGCUGCAAACCCAUCUAGACACCUUAGCCCUGUUCUUUUGGCACCUGGAAAACCAUGCCAUUCGCAACAAUAGCAAACUCAGCAACUUAGUUAUCUUGCACUACGCAUCUCGAGUCCGCUUAGACUGGCACAAUCGCCUCAAGCGUGACGAAGGUUUCAACAUUGGCAUCAUCAAUGAAACAUUGAUACAAUCAAUAAAUGAAGAGAUGUGGGAUAGAGUGCGAUCAAGAACCCUUAGCACGGUGCGUAUCAUCCUUGUUGAAUAG